GUACUUGAUAAGAUCACCUGAAAUUCGGCAAGAGCGAAAUCGAAGUCUUUUGGUACCGUAUUUGCUCGAAUUGCCAUCGGACAAGACCGCCACAGUGAGGGCCAGCGAGGCGUGGAAAAAGUAUGGUCGUGAUAGAGAAGUGGGGGGAAGAG